AUGAUCCCUCGUCACAUCCUCCUCGCCCUGUCCGCGGCAACUUUCGCUUCCGCCGACACCCUCAUCAACACCCUCCAGCAGAAUGGCUUCAACGACUUCGCUAGCAUCUACCAAGAUGCGGACCCCAGCAUCCUCUCCAGCGUCGAUGCUGGUAGCAACAUGAUCAUCUACGCCUCCAAGAACGUCCAGGGCACCACCAACUCCACCCUCCGCCGUCGUGACACCACCACCAACACCCAAAUCGCCGCCAUGUCUUCGGUCCAGAACACGGCCUCCAGCUCCAAGAAGCUCCGCUUCAAGCGCCAGAAUGCCGACUCGUCCCCCGCCGUCUACCAGUCUCUGCUGAAUGACCCGGAGAUUGUCAACCUCGGCCAGGGUGUCAACCAGUCUCUCGUUGAGAAGCCCGUCGAGGGUGUGCCCACCGUCUUUGCCGGUGCUGGCAAAGCCGUUCCGGUUGUUGGUGAUGAUAUCACCUUCGACGGAGGUGUCAUCAGGCCUGUUGAUUCCCUCCUCGAAAUCCCUGGCUCCAUCGCCAACACCCUCACCCUCUUCCCUCAACUCUCCAACCUCACCGCCCUCCUGAUUCAAUAUAACCUCGUCGAGCCCGUCUCCGAGGCCGCCGGCAUUACCGUGCUCGCGCCCGAGGAUAGUGCCUUCGCCGCCGUCGACACCUCCGGUCUCACCGACGAGCAGAUCGUCGCCAUCCUCAGCCAGCACGUCAUUGUCAACUAUGUCGGCUACUCUCCCCUCCUGAAGGACGGUCAGGUCCUCAACACCCUCGCCAACGGCACCGUCACUGUUGCUGUUAGGGAUAGCGGUGUCUACUUCAACGGUGCCAAGGUUACUGCUGCUGAUGUGAUUGUUGGAAAUGGUGUUGUGCACACUGUUGCUUCGGUCGUCGGCUCCGAGGGCGCUGGUGUCCCUGAGGACGGCGGUGAUGAUACCGAGAACCCUGAGAACCCCGAGAAUCCGCCUGCCACUGGCGCUGCUGGCCGUGUUGGACUCGGUCUGAAGACUCUUGGCCUUUCUGCUCUUGGCAUGGCUGUUGCUGCUUUGUUCUAA